CUCUCUCUCUCUCUCACACACACAUAUAUCCCUCUCUCUCUUUCUCUCUCAAUUUAUAAUUCAAUUCAAAAAAGCUUUAUUGGCAUGAGAAAUAAACAUUUACAUUGCCAAAGCAGGUAAACAAUAAAGAGGUCAAAGUAUAAAACGUAAAAUACAAAAUAGAUAAACAUAUUGUUCUCUCUCUCUCUCUCUCUCUCUCUCUCUCUCUCUCUCUCUCUCUCUCUCUCUCUCUCUCUCUCUCUCUCUCUCUCGCUCUCUCUCUCCUCCCUCUCUCUGCAGCCGUCCUCCUCCUCACCGUACGUGACGUCGUUUCCUCUGUCCAACAUGGCGCAGGCAGGUUGUUAACGGCCAUCGAAGGGAUUUACCCCACCUUACGUGUGUAUCUAUGUGUGUGUGUUAGGGGCAUUGAUCCAGGCGUGCCGGUCUCGUAGCUCGGUGCAGACCCCGGUCCAGACCCCGGGACAGCCUCACGGUUCCGCCCCGGUCUCGGUGCGACAUGUAUGAGGGCAAAAAGACGAACAUGUUCCUCACCCGGGCUCUGGAGAAGAUCCUAGCCGACAAGGAGGUCAAAAAGGCUCACCACUCCCAGCUCCGGAAAGCCUGCGAGGUGGCAUUGGAGGAAAUCAAAGAGGAAUCUGAAAAAUUAAGCCCCCCCCCAGGAGACGGUAAAUCGGGCUCCAGCACCCUCCCGCCAAUCAAGUCAAAGACCAACUUCAUCGAGGCUGACAAGUACUUCCUGCCGUUUGAGUUGGCCUGUCAGUCGAAAUGUCCCCGCAUCGUCGUCACCUCCCUGGACUGCCUGCAGAAACUGAUCGCCUAUGGGCACCUGACGGGCAGCGCCCCGGACAGCACGGCCCCGGGCAAGAAGCUGAUCGACAGGAUCAUAGAGACCAUCUGCGCCUGCUUCCAGGGGCCCCAGACGGACGAGGGCAUCCAGCUGCAGAUCAUCAAGGCUCUGUUGACGGCGGUGACCUCGCAGCACAUCGAGAUCCACGAGGGCACGGUGCUGCAGGCGGUGCGCACCUGCUACAACAUCUACCUGGCCAGCAAGAACCUCAUCAACCAGACCACGGCCAAGGCCACGCUCACCCAGAUGCUCAACGUCAUCUUCGCCCGCAUGGAGAACCAGGCACUGCAGGAGGCUAAGCAGAUGGAGCGGGAGCGGCACCGGCAGCAGUCCCCGGCCACGCCCCACAAAGAUGCCGCCUCCCCCCAGCUCCAGGGCCCCGCCCACCUCCAGUCCAGAGGCCCCGCCCAGGAGCCCAACGGGCCCUCCACGCCCCCCUCCACGCAGUCCACCCCGGGAGCCACGCCCACCGCCACCACCCCCUCCACCCCCGUCAACAGCGGCCUGGAGGGCGGGGCCCCCGAGGGGCGGGGCCCCGGGGCCUACGAGAGCCCCCACCCCGAGAACGGCUCCGAGUUCUGCGUGGCCGAGAACGAGCAGACGGAGGCGGACCAGGCCACUGCCGCCGCCGCCGCCGCCGCCGCCCAGAACGCCGUGGCGGAGCAGGAGCAGCGGGUGGGGGAGGGGGAGGAGGGGGAGGACCGCGAGUCCCCCAACUACGAGGAGAAGGCCCAGGAGAUCGUGCAGAGCGUCCUUCAGGAGGUGGUCAACACGGUCGCCGGAGGGAACUGCUUGGACCCCGCCCACCUCUGCUCGGACGCCAAGGAGUCGGGCGGCGAGGGCGGGGGCGGGGGCGGGGGCGAGGCCGGGGCCGUCGACGUGGCGGCCGUUGACGCGGUGGCGGCGGCGGGCGAGUCGGAGGCGUGCGGCGAGGGCUCGGCGGAGGUCACCCAGAGCUCGCUGGAGGACGAGAGCGUGCUGGGCAGCAGCGACAGCGAGCACGCCCACGUCAACGGCAUCCCCGGCACGCCCAUCAGCGCCAGCUUCACGCCGUCGCUGCCCGACGACCGGCUCUCCGUCUCCUCCACCGACACUCAGGAAUCGGGGACAGCUCCGGGCCAGCCCCCCGGCGCCAAGUUCUCCCACAUCCUCCAGAAGGACGCCUUCCUGGUGUUCCGCUCGCUGUGCAAGCUCUCCAUGAAGCCCCUGACCGACGGACCCCCCGACCCCAAGUCCCACGAGCUGCGCUCCAAGGUGCUGUCCCUGCAGCUGCUGCUGUCCAUCCUGCAGAACGCCGGCCCCGUCUUCAAGACCAACGAGAUGUUCAUCAACGCCAUCAAGCAGUACCUGUGCGUGGCGCUGUCCAAGAACGGCGUGUCCUCGGUGCCCGAGGUCUUCGAGCUGUCGCUGUCCAUCUUCCUCACGCUGCUGUCCCACUUCAAGACCCACCUCAAGAUGCAGAUCGAGGUGUUCUUCAAGGAGAUCUUCCUGUACAUCCUGGAGACCUCCACCAGCUCCUACGACCACAAGUGGAUGGUCAUCCAGACGCUGACCAGGAUCUGCGCAGACGCCCAGGGCGUGGUGGACAUCUACGUCAACUACGACUGCGACCUGAACGCCGCAAACAUCUUCGAGCGGCUGGUCAACGACCUCUCGAAGAUCGCCCAGGGGAGGGGGGGUCACGAGCUCGGCACCACACCCGUCCAGGAGCUGACCCUGAGGAAGAAGGGCCUGGAGUGCCUGGUGUCCAUCCUGAAGUGCAUGGUGGAGUGGAGUAAAGACCAGUACGUCAACCCCAACUCCCAGACCAGCCUCGGCCAGGAGAAGCCGGUGGAGCAGGACAGCAGCGACAGCUCCAAGGCCCCGGACCCCAUCCACCGCUAUGGCUCCAUCAACUCCCUGGACUCCACCGCCUCCUCGGGCAUCGGCUCCUACUCCACCCAGAUGUCCGGCCCCGACAACCCUGAGCAGUUCGAGGUCCUCAAGCAGCAGAAGGAGAUCAUCGAGCAAGGCAUCGACCUCUUCAACAAGAAACCAAAGAGAGGCAUCCAGUACCUCCAGGAGCAAGGCAUGCUGGGAACCACGCCGGAGGACCUGGCCCAGUUCCUGCAUCAGGAGGAGAGGCUUGACUCGACCCAGGUGGGCGAGUUCCUGGGGGACAACGAACGCUUCAACAAGGAGGUGAUGUACGCCUACGUGGACCAGAUGGACUUCCAGGGGAAGGACUUUGUGUCGGCGCUGCGCAUCUUCCUGGAGGGCUUCCGGCUCCCGGGAGAGGCCCAGAAGAUCGACCGGCUCAUGGAGAAGUUCGCCGCCAGAUACCUGGAGUGCAACCAAGGGCAAACGCUGUUUGCGAGCGCUGACACGGCCUACGUCCUGGCCUACUCCAUCAUCAUGCUGACCACCGACCUCCACAGCCCCCAGGUGAAGAACAAGAUGACCAAGGAGCAGUACAUCAAGAUGAACCGCGGCAUCAACGACAGCAAGGACCUCCCCGAGGAGUACCUGUCGGCCAUCUACGACGAGAUCGCCGGCAAGAAGAUCGCCAUGAAGGAGACCAAGGAGCUGACGCUCAAGUCCACCAAGCAGAGCGUGGCCAGUGAGAAGCAGCGCCGGCUCCUGUACAACGUGGAGAUGGAGCAGAUGGCGAAGACGGCCAAGGCCCUGAUGGAGGCCGUCAGCCACGUGCAGGCACCCUUCACCAGCGCCACGCACCUGGAGCACGUCAGGCCCAUGUUCAAGCUGGCCUGGACCCCCUUCCUGGCCGCCUUCAGCGUGGGCCUGCAGGACUGUGACGACACGGAGGUGGCCUCGCUCUGCCUGGAGGGAAUCCGCUUCGCCAUCCGGAUAGCCUGCAUCUUCUCCAUCCAGCUGGAGCGUGACGCCUACGUGCAGGCCUUGGCCCGCUUCACCCUGCUGACGGCCAGCUCCGGCAUCUCGGAGAUGAAGCAGAAGAACAUCGACACCAUCAAGACGCUCAUCACCGUGGCCCACACCGACGGCAACUACCUGGGCAACUCCUGGCACGAGAUCAUGAAGUGCAUCAGCCAGCUGGAGCUGGCUCAGCUCAUCGGCACGGGGGUGAAGGCGCGCUACAUCUCCAGCACGGUGCGCGGCAAGGAGGGCUUCAUCACCAGCACCAAGGAGCAGAACAGCGACGAGUACCUUGGCCUGGGAGGGACGACGGACCGCAAGCAGAUCCUCAGCAUCCAGGAGUCCAUCGGGGAGACCAGCUCUCAGAGCGUGGUGGUGGCGGUGGACAGGAUAUUCACGGGAUCAACCCGGCUGGACGGAAACGCAAUCG